AUGGAGGGAAACUUGGAAUGUGAAAUGACAGUACGAAAUGUCACGAAGAAAACAGUGGUUACGUCAUCCACAAUUACAACAAGUUCUGGACGAAAACGAAGCUUGGUGGAAAUUGUGCCUAAAGGGGAGCCUUUUCCGAAUUAUGAUGUAAAGUUAGUUCCAGGGGAGCGAAAGAAUUCCACAAAAUUGUAUGAAUUAAACAACAAUGACUCCAACAAUAACCAGUCUUCCUUGGGCGAGCAACCGACGAAAACGGUCGAAGAAGGGCGACGAUCUAUCGGGCAGUCUCGGAAAUGCUCCGAUCAUGUUUCCGAGCAACCAAUCAUGAUUGUUACGAGAGGAAGAAGGUCCCGGAUAGAGGUCCCAGAGUGGAUGGAAGAGCGAAAAUGUCCAGAAACAGAGCACCAACCCAGUGAUAUUUCAGACAUUGAUGAUUUGUUGAAAUAUCCAGCCGAUUAUUCACCAAGGGAAAAAGAGAUAGACGACAGCGUCGAGGAGGGCAGGAUCCAUCCAGAAUUUACCAAACGGGACAAACAGCUUGUUCCUGUUAUUUCAGAUGAAAAUGGCGUCAAUGAAUCAGACGAGGACUCCAGUGAAUUUGAAGAAGAAAUUGUAGUGGUGGAGGUCCAAAGAAAACCGAGCUGGAACAAAAAACUGGAGUCUCCUAGACAAGUCGAGGUUCCCGAGUGGAUAAAAGAGCGAAAAUCGUCAGGAACAGAGUGUCAACCUGUUGACGGUUUGUUGAAAUAUCCAACCGAUUAUUCACCGAGAAAAGGGGAGAUUGAAGACAACGCCAUCGAGACUUGGAUCCACCCGGUAUUUGCCAAGCGGGACAAACAGGUUUUUCCUCUUCUUCUGGAUGAAAAUGGCGUCGACGACUCCGGCGAAGAGUCCAGUGAAUUUGAAGAGGAGAUUGUAGUGAUGGAUGUCAAGAGAAAACCGAGUUGGAACAAAAAGCUGGUGUUUCCUAACCAAGGGCCAGAAAGCGCUGGAAAACCGAUUGAAGACCUACUCGUGGCGCAGACAAUUCGAGUUCAAGAGUCGGCUCCCGAUGAGUUUUUGAUUGAAGAGAAAAUCGAAUGUGUGGAACGUCCGUCGGUAUUUCGAGAAUUACCUGACUUCGCUGCUUUAGAGAACCUGUAA